GGCCGGCGGUGUCGGUGGGUUCCUGUGCGUGCGGCCAGACCCGCGUGGUGCUGGGCUGUGCGUGUGGGGGGGGCGGCGACGAGCUGCGUCUGGGCUUGGCGCUGUCCUGUGUGGUGGCUGGAGCCGUGUGAGGCACCAUGGCACAAUCACUCGCCUCCCCAGGGCUGUUUUCUGACGAUGAGGCUGCAGCCUCUCCUGUGCUCGAGUCCACAGCAACGGGCUUUGGUGCUGACCUGCGCAAGAACCUGAUGCCGGAGUUCUCUGCCAUCUCCCCAAACCUGGAGGUCUCUCAGGCUGUGGCUGAAGACAAUAAUGGAAAAUUAAAGGUUUACCUCAGAGUUCGACCUCUGAAAUCUACAGAAGUAGAAAAGGGGGAAGACCAGGGCUGUGUCUGUAUUGAGAACUCAGAAACCCUUAUUCUAAAAGCUCCAAAGAAUUCCUUCACCAUGCGGAGCACGGAGCGAGGAGUGGGACAAGCAGUGCACAGAUUCUCCUUCACCCGGAUUUUUGGACCAGAGGUGGGACAGAAAUUGUUCUUUGAUGAGACAAUGAAGCAGGUGGUAAAGGAUGUGCUGAGUGGGCAGAACUGUCUGGUUUACACCUACGGCAUCACCAAUUCAGGGAAGACUCACACGAUUCAGGGCACUGCCCAAGAUGGGGGGAUUCUGCCUCGCUCCUUGGCAACCAUCUUCAACAGUGUGGGGGACCGGCUGUACCAGGCCAUGGAUCUGAAGCCUGCCCUCUGCAACGAGGUGACCUGGCUGGACAGCAGGCAGGUGCGCCAGGAGGAGACCAAGAAGCAGAUGAUGCUGCAGAGGGGCCUCUGGGAGGAGGAGCUGCUGACGCCGCUGAAGAGGAGUCACAGUGCUGAAUCUCAGCUCCAGGCCACCACCAGUGGCAGUUUUGACAGUGGAGUUGCUGGGCUGUCUUCAUCCAGCCAGCUCACCAACCGUUCAGACCUCAGCCAGACUGAAGAACUGGGCCCUUGCUGGGCUGACCUGGAUCGCAUUUCACUCACCAGCCCAGGAGAUGUCCAGUUCUCCAUCUGGGUCUCUUUCUUUGAGAUCUACAACGAGUUAAUCUAUGACUUGUUAGAACCAGCUCUACCUGGGCAGAACCGCAAGCGGCAAACGCUGCGGCUCUGCGAGGACCAGACUGGCAACCCCUAUGUGAAAGAUCUGAACUGGAUCAAUGUCCGGGAUGCUGAUGAGGCCUGGAAGCUUCUGAAACUGGGUCGGAAAAACCAGAGUUUUGCAAGCACUCACAUGAACCAGAACUCCAGUCGUAGUCACAGUGUGUUCUCCAUUCGGAUUCUGCACUUGCAAAGAGGUGGCAGUGAAGUUGUUCCAAAAAUCAGCGAGCUGUCCCUGUGUGACCUGGCUGGCUCGGAGCGCUGCAAGGACCAGAGGAGCGGGGAGCGAAUGAAGGAAGCCAACAACAUCAACACCUCCCUGCACACCCUGGGCCGCUGCAUCGCUGCCCUCCGCCAGAACCAGCAGGCCAGGACAAAGCAGGCGGUGGUUCCGUUCCGGGACAGCAAACUGACCCGCGUGUUCCAGGGCUUCUUCACCGGGCGCGGGCGCUCCUGCAUGAUUGUCAACAUCAACCAGUGUGCUUCCACCUAUGAUGAGACUCUGUACGUAGCCAAGUUCUCAGCCAUUGCCAGCCAGCUUGUUCAGGCACCGCCCACAAAGCUGGGACUUCCAUCCUUAAAAUCCAUCAUCAAAGAACACAACAGGCGAAUGAGCCAGGGUCCAGAAGCAGAGCCAGAAGAAGAUGUGGAAUCAGAAGAAGACACUGAGGAUGAGGCUGAUGUCUCUAUGUAUGAGAAGAAGGACCUGCUGCGUGCGGUCGAGGCUGCGCGAGAGCUGCUGGUGCAGGAGCGGCAGAAGAAGCUGCAGCUCGAGAUGCGCCUGCGCGAGGAGAUCUGCAACGAGAUGCUGGAGCACAUGCAACAGAAGGAGCAGUGGUGGAGCCAGCAUGUGGAUACUCAGAGAGAGCAGCUGGAGGAACUGUAUGAGGGUAAAAUGGCCAUCCUGAAGGAGUUACUGACUGACCACUACCAGGAGGAGAUGCAGGAGCGUGACGAGGAGAUUUCGGAGCUCAAAGCUGCUCUGAAGGAGACCAAACAAAAACUGGAGAGCCUAGAUGCCAAGCAAAAGGACUCAGAGCAGAGUGUACGUCGAUCCAAGCGAGUGGCCACCUCAUCUGCUCUGCAGCAGGAGCUGGCAGACACCAAAGCCAGGCUGGAGCAGUGUCAAAAGGAGUUGAAUUCCACAAGCGCAGAGUUGCACAAGUACCAGAAAUUAGUGGAGCCACCUCCCUCUGCCAAACCCAUUACUAUGGAUGUGGACAGGAAGCUGGAGGAUGGACAGAAGAACGUCAGAUUGCUGCGUUCAGAGUUACAAAAAAUUGGGGAGUCUCUCCAGUCUGCAGAGCGAGCGUGCUGCCACAGCACAGGGGCAGGGAGGCUGCGAGAAGCCCUGGGCAUGUGUGAUGACAUCCUGGCAAGACAGGACCAGACCCUGGCAGAGCUGCAGAACAACAUGAUGCUGGUGAAGCUGGACCUGCGCAAGAAGGCGGCCUGCAUUGCUGAGCAGUACCACACGGUGCAGAGGCUGCAGGCGCCGCCAACGUCCGCCCUCAAGAAACGCUUCUGUGCCAACAGGGAGAACCUGCAGCCCAAUCAGCCUCCUGGCAAAAGGCCCUUCCUGCACAACAUCCUGACACGUUCAGCCACCCGUCCUGCGGCCACCAGAGGCUGGCAACUUCGUUCAGUUGCUCUAUGACUUUUCAAAAGGAGGUCCCUGCCCAGCUAUUUCUGGAACAGGUGGCAAAUCCAAUAUAAUAGCAUCUGGUUUUCAUUGUGCACUUCUUUAUUGUUAUUGUAGCUGCUUGAGACUUAUGUAAACAUCUCUGGAUAUGUAUGUUUAAACUUUCAAACAAUACCAAAGUUGACAAAGUGACCUUAUGUGAUUUAAACACUAUACUGAGGAAAGUCUUUAACUGUAAAAUAAUGCAGACGAUCAACUUGUUUAACAAAAGGACAAGAUAAAGGUGUGUUCUUGUCUAUGUUGGCACACAAUUCAAAAAAUAAGUUCAUAAGAUUCUCCUUGAAAGAUACUUUGCCUUCCUUGAAUUAUAAUCCUUUAUUGAAGUAUACACGUUCUAGGCCAGGGCUGCUGGCUCGGAUCUUGGCUUGCAAGUCUGGCUCCAAGCGCGACACCGACAUGGAACUGAGCAAAAGAAACAGGGAAGGGGUUACACCAAACAAGCACCAGAGGGGAAAAUAAGAUGGACAAUGCACCUGCUGAACUUCCUACAUUAGCAAAAGAGUUUUCAGAUCUUUUAAAAUAUCUUAUCCAGGAAGGAGGCUCACAGACCAGGGCACAUGAAUCCCUGCUCCAAGGGCAGUGGGAUAGUCCAUGGAGUCAGGAAAUGGCUGUUGCUAUUGCCAUGAGGGUAAGGAUCCACCUCAUUGCUCAGGUUCUUGCUGGCAAUUGAAACUUACCUUCCUAAAAUGGUUUUUAUAAAAUAGAAUUUAUUUUCCUAUUUAACUUACUAUGUGAUUUUAUUCAGUUGAAUACAAGGUUUGUUUUUAUGAGAGCUGGUUCACAGUAAAGUGAAUUAAGUUGCCAGGUCAUUUGAACAGCUGCACUUUCCUGAACACAGUUCAAGGUCUAAUCUUCCUCUGAACUGCAGAGCCCUGGCUGAAAUCAAGAACUGUAACACGUGUGCUGGGUUGGUUUGUCAAGUCAUCUCCAGGUAGCCUAGUGACACUUGUUUACCACAGUUCUCUGUCCUAGGCCGAGCAGGGAGACAGAUGGUGUCAGCCCUGUUGUACUCAAACAACACUGAGAAUUGGCUAUUGUUUUCUGGAAGUCAAAGCUGCCUUAGUUGUUCAGCAUUUUAAUGGACUCAGCUCAAGCUUGGGUUGUUUAAGGUCCAGCAGGCAGCUUGUUGAGUUUAGACAACCACUAUUAAAAUGAGAGGGACAGCUGAAUUUCAGGCCCUGUCCAUACUAUGUACGAAAUUAAGCAAAGUUUUUUUUAAGUAACUCAUUCAGAUUUCAUAAGGAUUUCAGCUAUAAAGAAUAUUGUUUCUAAGACUGCUUUCAGUACUGAGCUACUUCUGUAUUGAUGAAAAAGUCUGGAAAAAUAUUAAUCAAAUAACAAAUGAGCACAGAUAUUCCAGUGCUGUUCUGUAUAAAUAGUUUCCAGCUGAAAAUCAAAUGGGCUCUGACUGUAUUUAGUGCAUCCAUAACCUUACUGGACAUGAAUAUAUUGUAUAGAACUCAUCUUGAGCUGCUGGGGUUUGUAAACAACUAUUAUAUAUUACUGAUGAAUAACAUAGUUACUACUUUUCUGUAUAUUCUCUUGUUUAUCACCUUUGUUAUAUGGGAAUUAAAACUGCUUGAGCAGGCAAU